CCAGUUCAGACAACCUCAGGUGAGACUGCAUUAUAUCCUGUCUCUGAGGUCUGUAUACGUACAACGAAUUUACACAAUGAAGGUCGUACACCUAUUGCUCAUGUUUCAGGUUCAUGCCAUACUGCAGUGCGAUAAAACCAGCAUGCAUACCACAAUUGGGAGAGAUAUUAAUGUUCUCUGCAGUUAUCAUGAAAAUCAGUUUCUAUUCAGUAAAAAGUACUGGUGCUUUGGGGAGUCCAGAAGCACUUGUGAGGUUCUGAUGGAUACGGAGGGAUUCACAACACAUCGGCUCAAGAAAAAAGCAAAGAUAUAUCAGAGUUUCCGAACUAUUCAGAUUCACAUGACAGAACUCCAGCUGGAAGACACUGGAAUCUAUUGGGUUGGGAUUGACAAAAUAUAUGCUGAUAUCAUGUUCAGGAUAACAGUCAAGGUAACAGAAGAAGUAGUGAGCAGACCCCACGUUUUUUUAGAUGGCUCGCCUACGGUGACGUGCCAAGGACAGCCGGUUCUCCUGCGCUGCCGAACUGAGAGAGGCACCAAUGUGAGGUACAGCUGGUCCAGAGAGGAUAAUUUUCAAGACAAUCUUUUACAAAGCUCUGCGGAUCUUCUCUUCCACUGUGCCUUUCUCACCGAGGACGCUCAGUACAUCUGUUCGGCUCAGAACGCUGUGAGCAGAGAACAGAGUAAACCUAUUUCCCUUCACCUUGUACAGGCUGGACAGGAGAACUGCAUUUAUUCCCUCAUGUCUGAUGAGCUUGAGAGUUACGACUGCAGGACAACAACAGCCUCACCAGUAAUAAGCACAAGUACUAAUGUGGAAGUUCCAACCUCAAAAUUUGUCACACAGACCAGUUCAGGUGGAAAUCAGUCACUUUGCAGCAAUCAUACCCAGAGCUGGAUUGAACAUGUCUUUCUCAGGCCAUGGUCAGGAGUGCCACUGUGGUAUGAAAUAGUUCGCUGGCUUCUCUUCACUGCUAUGAUUACCAGCACUGGAUUGUCAUGUGCAUGCACACAGACCAGAAGAAUGGCUUGCAAACACGACAACCAAAUGUGAUGAUGGAGGACCUGCUUUUCUUUCACAAAUCUAAUUUAGCAUUCUUACUUUUUCAGCGACACAGUUCUCGUUUCUACACUUAAAUCAAUGUCUGCUUUACAUCCCUACUGUACUGUACAAUGUUGCUGUUUGGUGACAUACCCUUUCUUUUCAAGCAAUUAAAGAAAAUC